AUGACUAACGUUGUGGUGUUUCAUCGGAUUGAAACAGCUACCUUUUACGCAGAUCUGUCCCUGACCAACCCGUCACAAUCUUCGUUUCACAUUCAAAUAAGAAAAAAAAACCAGAUUCUAAAUGAGAUUUGA